AUAAUGUAAAGAGUUUUUUAAUAAAUGGGAAGAAUUGCAAUUCCUCAUCCCAGACUGAUGUCAUCAUCAAACUUAUAUUCACCAUCAGUCUAUUUAUAGGCUUUGCGUAUUUAGAGAUAAUAGAUUCCUCAAAGUUAGAUUUUUGCAUCACUUACAAGAGAUACUAUAAUUAAUCAUUACUGUGAAUAAUCAAUUGCAGUUUUAGAUUGUUUGAGUAAGAAAAAGAAAAGAGCUAGAAAGAAGUAAAUUAGAAGAAAGGGCAAUAAAAUUAUCAAUGCCAGAAAUAGAUGAG